GUUUAUAGUAAUAGGCACUAUCCAGAUUUUUCCCCAACCUCAAACGGGCAAGACUAGGGCUCCUGAACGGGGUCAUUUGCUUUGGGACGUAACAGAUACCAUAUUUGACGUCUUUUUUGUUACGUUUUAUACAACGCUGACCCCAAUAUUCGAUUUUAGUAAGACAGUAAGGAAGAGGAUCGAGGAGUCGAGCUAGGAAAGAAAUUUCUCGGAUGUGGUAGUUUGUAUCUUCGCUCGAAAAUGUAGUGGAAUGGAAUGGUACAAACUGCAACGAUGGUUUACGCGCUCAUAAUUCACACACUUGUUCCUGGACCCUGUAGAUUGUUGUAUUCAUCAGUUUUUGUUCACGAACCAGAGGUAAGUACAGCUCAGUCAUAACCUCACCGUAUAACCACAACUUCGCCACGAAACAGCAGCGUGAAAUAUGGUCUUGAUGAGGAAAAAUGGCUUCGAUUUUAUCUUUUUGAUGUGUUUUAUCAACGUAAGACAGUGGGAAUGCGCGUCGCCCUUCUCAAACUAAAGUAAUGAAAUUCACAGUGCGUUGGAAACAACGGAUGGUUCCAACAAAUGAAAUUGCCUCAGAAGAGAACAAAAAAGACGAGCAAAGAUGUCCAAAUUUUUUGAUGUCAUUCUUUGCUUGUAUAACUCCAACCCUUCAAUCCAUGCGAGUGAACCGCACCCAAUUUCACACGACCCCAUAAGCUUUGAGCUUUAAACCCUAUCGUGUUUAAAUAAAGGAUGUUAUAUUAUUAUUAUUUCUCUUAACCCUUCAACUCCCAUGAGUGACCAAGACAGAAUUUCUCCUUACAAUAUCAAUACAAUAUUAAGCAGAUAACUUAUGAGAAUAAUGGAAAAUAUCUACAAGGGGAUUAUCAGUUGAUGUAAUACUACAUUCUCCAAACCAACAUCACAAGAAAUGUAUGGCAGACAGCAAGGAGAAUCACUUCUGAGAUCUUGGUAGUGAAUUGUUCAAAGAGGGAAUGAUCAUCAGCUCAACCCUUUAACUCCCAAGAUCUCAUUAGAAAUUCUCUUUACUGUCUCUCAUACAGUUCUUGUGAUGUUAUUUUGGAGAAUUUGGUAAUGGAUCAGCUUAUAAUUGCCUAGCUGAUAUUUUUCUUUAUUCUCUUCACUUGUCUGCUUGAUAUUGUCUUGAUAUUGUUAGGAGAAAUUAUCUCUUGGUCACUUGUGACUAGCAUCUAAUUUCUCUUUACAAUAUUACCCCUGAAUCAAACACUAAGGUCCCAAGAAUAAAUGAAAUGAUCACUAACUAAUGAAGAUAAUUAUCAAAUUCUCCUCGUCAGCGCCUUGGGAAAUGUAUUAAAAAUAGUAUGGAGAAUAUGUAUACUGAUGUUAAGGUUCAAAGGGUCAAGAAACCCUUAUUCUCUAAUUCUUCUGCUCAGUAGCCUUGAAAAUUAUAUAUUUAGAACUUUAGGGUGAAUAUGCAUAUUGAAAACAGGGUGGGGAAGGGUUGAUCAAAUUUGGUCAGUUUUUGGUGUGUGACCCUACUUGUAACAAGUGUUGCAAUGUCAAUAAUCUUUGAUCUUCUUAGAUUAAUGAAGAGGUAACAGGUGACGAGCGUGCAACCAGGAAGGAACACCUGUUGGAAGUGGCACAACGAGUGCAGUCUGAGUACUCUUUUAGAUAUGUUGCUUCAGAAGAUGACAGUGCAGAGGAUUUGACUGGAUUGUCUUCAACAAAUGAGUAAUUUGAGUUUUUGAAAGUUAUAGAAUGAGCUGAAUAGUGCAUGCAUAAUGAGCAAAAUUGUGCAUGUUUGAUUGGUUCUUACUUAUGAUCUAUUGGAGGACAGAGGCAUACAUUAUAUCACCACUAACAAUCUUUGCCUCUUUAUGGCAAAAGAUUCCAUUUUGCCAUGUGUUUGUUCUGUAAUAAAUCACAGAGGAGGUCAGUGAACAUCAGUGACACACCAGGCGGUGCUUUGUGUGUCACUUUUUGUUCUAGGCAUAUCUUAACAUCAUCUAUGAUCCAUUACUGAACAGAUGUGUAUAAACAUGGAAUCUAUGUGUUGAUAUGAAAAAAAUAUCUAUAAUUUAAAACCAGUGCUAUUUGUAAGGCGAAUUACUAAUGAGAUAUUAGGAGUAAAAGGUUCAGUUUCAACUUUAGCAAUGUUUAAUGGUUUAAUUGGAUGGUGUUACAAACUGACAUUUUGGCCAUUUUACAGGCUUAUGUCCAAUUUGAAGUCUGGUGUCUUCAGGUACGCAUGUGUCACCUUUUUGAAAGUUACAUUUUCAUUUGUUGACCCAAAUGAAAUGUAAAUCUUAGAGCAUUAGGUAGUCUCUCCUCAACAUAAUGUGUCAUCAUUGUACCGUGGUUUAAAAGUUGUUUGAUUCUAAAUGAUCUUGUAGUGCUCACAAGGUUUAAAUUUAUAAUUUGAACACCCCUCCAAAGUUUAUCUCAGUACCUCUUUAAGCUUUAGAAUUUAGAAGAACUAGGUGAAUGAUUUUUGAUGAAUCAAAUGAUUUUAAAAGUCAGCCUUAAGUUACACACUACAAUAUUCAACAAGCCUCAUGAGACACUUGCAUGAAAACAGUUAAAAAUUUACAUGUAUGAAACCUUGUUAAUCCAGGAGAAAUUGUUAUUACUUCAAUUACGCAAGGAUACAAGUUACAAGGAGUCAAAUGUUUUAUAUUUCUCUUAAUGCCUUCAUUUUUUUGUCUGAUUUGCAGGCUUUCACCAGGAAAUCCCUUCAAAGAAGAAAAAGUUGUUCUUUGGAAAGGUUUGGCAAAGUAAGUAGUAUCCAUGAAGUUUGCUUCAUUUUUGUCCACAAAAUUAGCAUUAAGACUUUAAUUGUUAAAUAAAUAAAACUAAUGCCUGGAUAUAAGCUGACAGAUUCACAUGAUGCUGUUUCAGUUAAAUUAACCCUUUAAUUCCAAGAAGUAAUUAACAUGAAACUUCUCCCUACAAUAUCCAUACAUCAUUCAGCAAACAGGUAAUGAGAAUAUUCAAACUUAUCAGGGAGAAGCUGCUAUCUUGAUUUAGCACCAAGUUCUCAGAACUAAUUUACAAGGAAAUGUGUAGCAGCUAGAGGGGAGAAUUAACAAUCAGAUCUUGGGAGUUAAAGGGUUAAAUGUAGAGUCUUGCCAGGGGUGGGGUGAGCAAAGUGCUCAGCCUCCUUCCCCUUCCCCUGUCUUUCUAUUUCUCCUUGUGUAGUUUCCUCAAUCCAAGAAACUCUUGCUUCAAAAGCCAAGAUAUUGGACUUGGGUACAUAUCUGAUAAUGUUAAUAACCAACCCUCUAACUCCCAAGAGGGAGGAUUUUGGGGUUUUGGUGGGGCUCACAUGUUUUUCAGGGGGAGUGGAAGGGGUAUCACUUGUCUCUAACAGAGUUUAAAGGGAAUAACAUUACGAGCCAAACGAAGUUUAAGGAAUGUACAGUGGUGCUGAUACCUGGAGAGCUUGUUCCAGACAAAAGCAGCUUUUCUAACUAUGAAAUUGAGAGGUAACAUCUUUGGAUCAACCAGGAUGGAUGAUUUGCAGGCGGAUGAGAAAAGAAUAUAAAAUAUUAGAAAUUGUUACUAGAACUCUCAGGCCAACAAAGGUGCGCCAUGCCAGGAGGAUCAAUAAAGAUUUGCAGUCCAAACCUUGCAGCAAACACGAGCAUAGAGAGUUUAAAAUAAAUGCAAGGAUGGACAACUUCUGACAGACAUAAAAAAGAUUAAAAAAUUUAAUAAAAACGUUUCAGUCAGAGACCUUCUUCAGUUAUUUACAAGUUUUGAAUAACAAAGAGCUUUAAAUAAGAUUGAGGUGCUAGUGAUUAUGUAAUUACAGGUUACAACAAAUGAAUAAGAUACAAAAUCAUGUGAAAGAGUGGAAAGUGGUGCUAAUAAAAAGAUGACCAAAAAAAAUUAAAAAAAACAAGCUGCAAAGAAAAUAACAAAACACAAGAGACAAAACCCAAAAACCAAAAACUAAAAAACCAAUAAUAAUAAUUAAUUAUUUAUCCUCCUGGCGUGGUGCACCUUUGUUGGCCUGAGAAUUCUAGUAACAUUUUCUAAUAUAUAUAUAUAUAUAAUUAUAUAUACACACACACACAUGCAAAACAAUGGCCAGACUCUUGGUUGAUUGUUUUCACAUUACUUUGGAACCAAGUUCUUUAUUGAGGUUUGUGAAAAAUGCAAGAGAGGUUCUUGAAAAGUCAAUAUGAAAGUCCAUAAACCCUGAAAAUUUCAGUUUAGCUCAAGUUGAAUUUCUUCUCUUUGCAGUGCAGGAUUCACUUUAGUCUGUGAAAAAGAUGAAAAUCGCCUCAUUGCUGAGAAUGUUUUGGACCAUGUUAUUAGACACCUUCAGGAAUACUGCCAAAUAAUUCUUCAGCCUUCUGAGGCAAGUUGGUGGGAUGUUUCUACUCAAUAAGCUAUCUCAAGAAUUUCAUUUUAAUUUUGUUGUCACAUUUGUAGCAAUGCUGUGCUGUACCUCUGUGAGAGCUUAUCAAUUGUUUGAAUGUUGUUAUAGGCAAUCCUCAAAGUGGACAGGGUUGUCACAAUUAUUCAUCAGUUUCUACCAAAUGGGCAGGUAUGAAUCAGACUGACAAGGUCAUGGUUUUUUUACUUGGUCUCAGAGCAAAUGUUUUACCUGUAGUGUACCAUAAUGAUUUGACAAUCAGACAUUAAGGUCCCACUAUCACUCAGAAAAUGAGAGCAAUUUUUUCUACAAAAUAUAACAACAAGAAAGGCACAUGUCUAUUUUGUUUACAAAAGCACACUGUUAUGCUACUUAGUUUACUCUUUUAUCUUUCAUGGAUUGUGUACUAAGCUGUAUUCUACACACAUUUUUAUUGGUCCUUACUUAUGAUCUCCAAGGACAUUUUGCUUCUCCAUUCCAUAAAACAAAUUAAAAGAUUCCAUGUUGCUGCAGGCCUGUGCAAUGAUAGGCCCACAAGAUGUCAAAAUGUGGUAGGAAUAACAGUGACACACCUGGCUGCGCCUUGUGUGCACUUUGUUUGUUCUUACCAAAUUUUGAGGUCAUCUAUAAUCUAUUACUAAACAGAAUCACAGAAACACAGAGUCUGCUUACAACGAAAGGAUGACCUGUGAGGACUUCAAAUUUAUUGUCUUGAAGUAGUUCUGAACUUAUUUACCAGGCUGUAGAGGGACAGAAAAAGUUCUGUAUUUCCUGAAUCAGUCUUCCCUCUCACCCUCCUCCCAUGGCAGAGAGCUGUGGGGAAAGCUUGAUGUAUAUUCCCCAUCCUCUAUAGAUAGGUUAAUCUACUGACAAGGAGAAUUUGUUUAAAAAUCAAGGGCUUCAAACUUUAGUUGGUGAUCAUUUCCUUAAUUCUGACCUCAAUGUCGUUUCAGAUGAAAUAAGAAGCUUGUUUCUUAUAGGGGUUAAAGAGUUAAAAAAUGUUUUUGUGCUACAGAGAUGGAUUAUAUUCCAUGAGCAUCAGCCUCUAGGGAUCACUGGGGUAACUGUUACUCCUUCACCCCACCCUUUCCUUAUUUUUGACCAUCAACCGUCCUCUUGGUACAAAUGCCUCUCUCUCACCAGCUUUCUGCUGCCAUAAAAAUCAAAGAUGGUGGCCAUAAUUUUUGUUAAGAAAACAUGAAGCACUCGCUGACCAAAAUUAUGCCUCUGCAGGCUAGCAAUAGAUUGACAUCCCAUCCAAGGGGAAAGUAGUGAUACUCCUUGUUGCUUCAUGCUUAGGGAACUGGGUCCAGCUCCAGCUGGGUGAGCAACCUGACUUGAGUAAACACCUUUUUUUCUUUUCAUUUUUUUUUUCAGCUGCUGUUCAUGAACACUCGUUAUUUGCGGCAAAUGGAGAAAGAAUUGGAACAAGUUAUGUCCUUCAAGAGGGAGUGAACGCGACUGUUACACUUUAAAAAUUUUUAAGUAAAAUUAAUAAAUAGUAUGUAUCACUGGAACUGUGUUUACCUUUCUGUGUUUAUAAUGGUAAAGUGUAUAGGGCAGUUUCCAAUUGACUGUUGAAAGACCAAAACCUAAGUGAUCACAACUACCAAUCAGAAGAGACGUUAACAUCAUCAUCAACUGAUAAGUAUACAAAGUAAAAACAGCCAACCUGUUUGAAGGUCUGGGAAACUUGGUAUUGGUUUUGGUAUUGGUUUUGAUUGGUUGAGAUGGCGACUCGAGGUUUUUGGACCUAUCACAGGCAAAGUAAUCCAGGAUCAUUUUCUACACUUAACUGAAAACUUCUGUAUCUACAUCUCUAAGUUUGAAGUGGGCAUGAGAUAAAGGGUUAAGUUUCCAUAGAAACUGUGGUGUUGUGUCAGUGGAGGAGUGUAACAGGGUAAUUUAGUAUUAUCAACUGAGUUGAUGACGUAAAUUGGCCACCGUAAAGAGUUUCAAAGCUGAUGUUUCAAGCAUAAGCCCUACAUCAGAGCAAACAAUGUAGUAAGCUUUGAAAUUCUUUAUGAUGGCCAAUUUUUGUUAUCAACCCUGUAAAAUUUCUGAUCCACUUUGGAACUCCAGAGCAAGAUGUCAAACUAUCUUCACCUAAAAAUCAUCAUCCAGUGUGUCCAGAAAAGGAACAAGGUGCCCACUUUCUCGACAAUAAUAAUUAUAUCAAUAAAAAUACUUGAGCUCUUUUUUUCAUAAUUUAAUAGCAAAAUAUCCACAAGAGCCAUACGUUUAACCAUUACAUGAGGC